CCCGAAAACAAUUUUAAGAUGGCGGCGACAGCGGUGCGGAAAACAAUGGGGUCGCGGCGGCAGGGGCGCGCCGAGGCCUGAGGCGGGCAGCGAGCGCCGGCCCGCAGUCGGGCCGAGCCGGGCGGGAGGAGGGCCCGCCGCCGCCCACGGGGGGCCAUGGCGCGGCCCUGAGGCGGACGGCGGCCGCCGGCGAGGAGCGGAGCCCGCGUCGCCAGCCGGCCCCGAGCGGUCCGGCCCGGCCCGCCCGCGGCCCAUGGUGCUGCCCGCCUGCCCCAUGGCGGAGUUCGCGCUGCCGCGGCACAGCGCCGUCAUGGAGCGCCUCCGCCGGCGCAUCGAGCUGUGCCGGCGCCACCACAGCGCCUGCGAGGCCCGCUACGAGGCCGUGUCGCCCGAGCGCCUGGAGCUGGAGCGCCAGCACACCUUCGCGCUGCACCAGCGCUGCAUCCAGGCCAAGGCCAAGCGCGCCGGCAAGCACCGGCCGCCGCCCGCGCCGGCCCCGGCCGCCGCCCCGCCGCCCGCCCCGGGCCCGCGCCUCGACGCCGCCGACGGCCCCGAGCACGGCCGCCCGGGCGCGCACCUCCACGAUGCGGUGAAGAGGAAUCUUGACCGAGCCGCCUCCCCCCAGAACGGUGAUCAGAAUGGCUACGCGGACCUCUUCUCCGGGCACAAGAAGAGCCGGCGGGAAGCCCCCCUGGGCGUCUCCGUCUCCUCCAACGGGCUGCCCCCAGCCUCCCCUCUUGGCCAGCCGGACAAGGCCCCCGGGGGAGACGCCCUCACGGCCAGUAGGAAGCACCUGCUGGGAGUGGACCCCGUCACCAAGAAGGGUCUGGCUGAGCCGAGCCUCCCCCUGAACGGAGCCGGCCACCCCGGGGAGCCCUUCCCUCUGGGCCUGACUAAGGAGCUGAAGCAGGAGCCCGUCGAUGACCUGCCCUGCAUGAUUGCGGGGGCCGCAGGCUCCAUAGCGCAGAGCAACCUCAUGCCGGACCUGAACCUCAACGAGCAGGAGUGGAAGGAGCUCAUUGAGGAGCUGAACCGGUCGGUGCCCGACGAGGACAUGAAGGAUCUGUUCAACGAGGACUUUGAGGAGAAGAAGGACCCGGAGGCUUCUGGCUUGGCCACACAGACCCCCCUGGCCCCGGACAUCAGUAUCAAGACCGAGUUCUCCCCAGCAGCCUUUGAGCAGGAGCAGGGCGGCUCUCCACAGGCAAGGGCCGGGUCUGCGGGCCAGACCUUCCUGGGGCCCGCGUCCGCCCCCGUGAGCACGGCGUCGCCCAGCCUGGGGGGCCCUCAGACAGCCUUCCACACGGCCGGCCAGCCGGGGCUGGAGACUCCCGGUGCAAACCUGAUGCCGGCAUCGGCCCAGAGUGCACAGCGAGCCCUCUCCAGCGUGGUGCUGCCCGGCCAGGGCACAGGAGGGGGCUCAGAGCUGUCCUCCGCCCACCAGCUCCAGCAGAUCGCUGCCAAGCAGAAGCGCGAGCAGAUGCUCCAGAACCCCCCGCAGGCAGCCCCAGGCGCAAUGGCCACAUGGCAGCAGGCGGGGCCCUCCCACAGCCCCCUGGACGUCCCUUACCCUGUGGAGAAGCCUGCCAGCCCUUCCAGCUACCAACCAGACUUUAGUAACUCCAAGCUGCUCGUGAUGCCCAGUGUGAACAAGAGUUCCCCGCGGCCUGGCGGCCCCUACCUGCAGCCUGGCCACUUGGGCCUGCUGAGUCACCAGCCGCCCGGCAGCCUGACUCAGAACUCUGCGAGUAGCCAGGGGCCUGUGCUGGGCUACGGCAACACAAAGCCCCUUUCUCACUACAAGGCGGACUGUGGGCAAGGAGGCCCCGCAUCUGGCCAGAGCAAGGCCGCCAUUAUGGCCUACCUGCCGCGGCAGCUGUCCCACCUGAGUAACGAGCAGAGCCCCUUGUUUCUGAUGAAACCAAAGCCAGGAACCGUCCCCUUCCGAUCUCUCGCUCCACCCAGCCAGGAGCAGAGUUCGGCACCUGUUGCUCCAGCCCAGGCGGCCGGUGUGGGGUCCCAGGCACCCGCCACCUCAGGGGCCGGCUCCCGUGGCAGCGCAGCCUACCUGGGCAGCCAGCAGCAGGCGGCUGCGAUGAAGCAGCACCGGCUGCUUCUGGACCAGCAGAAACACCGGGGGCAGCAGCCAACACACCUGCAGCAGCAGCAGUUCCUGCAGAGACAGCAGCACCUGCUGGCAGAGCAGGAGAAGCAGCAGUUUCAGCGCCAUCUGACCCGCCCGCCACCCCAGUACCAGGACCCCACACAAAGCCCCUAUCCCCAGCAGGCUGGACAGUUCGCAGGGUCAUCUGCUGCUGUGUCGGGCAUGAGUAACUUGGGUCCGUCCGCCUCCAGCUGUCCCCGGGUGUUCCCCCAGCCUGGGAAUCUGAUGCCAAUGGGCUCUGGGCACAGUGCUGUUUCCUCGCUCCCCUCCAACUCGGGCCAGCAGGACCGGGGUGUGGCCCAGUUCGCCGCCUCCCAGAGCAGCCUCUAUGGCAUGGCCGCCGGCAUCCCCCAGAUGGCUGCGCAGCCCGCGCCGGCUGCCAAUGGGCACGCGCACCUUCCUCGGCAGGCCCCCGUGGGCCAGGGCAGCUCGGUGCCAGCCGCCUUCGGGCAGAACUCUCUGGGCAGCUCCAGUAUCUCCCAGCAGCACAGUAAGGGGACCCUGAGCGCUGGUCUAGCCAAGCCACAGGUCCCCCGGGUCCCCACAGCCAUGAGCGGCCAGAACCCCCCGUGGCAGCCACAGGGGAUGCCGAACCUGAGUGGCCAGAGCCCGGGCAGCAAUGCUGUGAGCCCCUUCCCCACCGCCUCCAGUUUCCACACGCAACAGGCCCACCUGAAGAUGGCCGGCCCGCAGUUCCCCCCGGCGAUGCCCAGCAGGCCCCUGGCUCCACUGAGCUCCACGGCUGCCGCGGGCUCCCUGCUGCCCUCUAUCAGUGCACCGCAACGGAGCAGUGCCCCGGCCCCGGGACCCCCGCAGCAGGGCCUACCCGGCCUGAGCCCAGCGGGGCCUGAGCUGGGGGCCUUUGGCCAGAGCCCAGCUCCACAGAUGGGGUCCCGGGCAGGCCUGCCCUGUGCCCAGGGCUACCCCGUGAGGACCGCGGGCCAGGAGCUGCCCUUUGCCUACAGUGGGCAGCCGGGCAGCGGUGGGCUGUCCAGCCUGGCCGGGGACAGCGACCUCAUCGACUCGCUGCUGAAGAACCGGACUUCGGAGGAGUGGAUCAGCGAACUGGACGACCUCCUGGGCUCCCAGUGAGGGCCGCUGCAGUGUGCUGGUGGACCCCAGCCCUCACCGUUCUCGGAUUCCGGGAAGAGCAGCCGCCUCGGGCCCCAGGGUGGCCAGUCGGGCUGGCCCCGGCCCACCCACUGGCGUCAGUUCAGGAGGAGGGUGUUCCAAGGCAGCUUCCUGUCCAAAUGACCAGGAACCCAGCAGGGCCGCCCCGUGAUGUCAGGCUCAGGAAAACUUCUGUGCCACCGUGUUGACUUAAUCCAAGAUUUCUCCACUUGCCCAGUUCGGGAGACAGGUUUUUGCUGAAAUGUUUAUAUAGCAGGAUUACUUGCAAUUUGUAGCAUAGAAAAGGUUAACCGUUUUUAAAGAGGAUUUUAAGCAGUUAGGAUAGGUGAUACUUUGACUUGAUGAAGUCGCAUUGGAAACCUGGGUCUCCUUCCUGGGAGGAGCCUCCCCUCUUUUCUGCUCUUUGUCAGCUUUCAGAGGAAGGGCGGCCGGAAGGGCAUUUCUGACAGUGCAGCCGCUCCCUGCCCAUGCCAGAAGGGCACAGGACGCCGCCAGAUGGCUGGGCGUGGGCAUGGGGUGGGGUCCGCUCCCCUCCUCCCCUCUGCCAGGCCCUUGGUGGCAGCACAGCGGCCCCCGUGGUCACUGUGGAUGCUGGAUGUUCGGGAUUCCUGUGCACGGAACCCCCUCCUCCUGCGCUCCUCUGACAUCGUGCCUCUGUGUACUGGGACCGUGAUCGCUGCUUGGCCGUGCACAGACGUCUGUCCUUCACCCUGUCUCCAUUUCCCAGGACCUUUCUCUCUGCCCCUUCCUCUCUCCAGCCAAAAUGGAAAACCUCUUCAAGGCAAUGAUUUAGUGGAUUAGGGGGGAAAAGAGUUAUUAAAAUUCCUUGGGGGAACCUAGUGCCCUGGUGAGGAAGGUAGCUCCUCCGCAGAAAGUCAGGAUUUUGGGGACCCGUCCUGUCGGGGAGGAGGGUCUACUCCAUGUCACUCCUGUGUCUGCCACUCCCACGCCCAAUGACUUGCACUUUUUAAAAGAGAAUUGCUUUAUAACACUAACAUAUCCUUUCUUAAGGUUCAAGUGGGGGUUUCUUUUAAGGUCUGUGAAUUAAUGGACCUAAGUAAGCUAAGAGUCUACAGAAGAGAGUAUUACCGAGUGGGCCGUUUGUGGGCGACGAGGAUGGCAGGAGCACUUCCGAAUACGGCCUCUGCAGCGGGAUCUGUGGAGAACCCAAACCCCCCUUGUCUUUCCCUGGAGCCUCGGAGCCCAUCAUUGAGGACCGUGGGGAAGGAGCUGGGCCGAGGACGGUGCUCCCGCUCCGAGGGGGUGGGGGUCGUGCCCACAGUGGAAGUUAUUUUGCACCAGCAGUGCCUUUUCACUGGGGGUACCGAGACCCCCAGAUCCUCUUCUCCAGUAGCCAUUUGCCGCCUUGGGUGGUGUCUGGGCCGUUUCCCCUGUGAACACCCUCCCAGCCUCCCCAGAUGUGCUCCCAGCAGGGGGUGGAUCAUUCCGCAGGGAGACUCCGCUCUUUGAGCGAGUUCCCCAGUCUGAAGGGGAAGAGGGCGACUUCAGCAGGUUUUCUACCAAAAAUAGCAGGGCCUGCCAGCGGCUCAGGCCCUGCUCCCCUCCCGGCCCCGGCCGCUGCCCCGCUGUCCGGUCCCAGCUCUGCCUUAGUCCUGUGGCUGGGCGGCCGGCAGCUUCUCACUUGCUGCAGUGUCAUAGCAAUAAAAUGUGAUUCCUGGGGUUCCCCCAGGGAGCCGCCCGUGGCUUUAUUUAUGACUCUGGGUCCUGGGCGGUCGGGAGGAGGCACCUGCCUCAGUGAGGCCCCAUCUCCCCGGAGCCGCGGCUCAGACAAGGGUGCUCGGACUUGCGUUACACACACUUACUUUGUGUAAAUAAAUGUUUACAAUUUUAUAUUAAAGAUGGAAUAAGACUUAGAUCUUCUGACUGUAUAUUUUUUACUUUUAUAGAUUUUAAAACUAUGAUCCUUUAUAUAUGUGUUUUGGGGGAGCUGUGAUAAGUUUUAUGGCAAACUGUUGGUAUUGUUAACUUUCUGUUGUCAUCAAAGUAUGUAAAAGUCCUAUUAAUCCCCUUAUUCUUCUACUUCCCUUAACUCUGGUAUACACCAAAAAGAAAUCUUUACUUUCCUUGUUUUAUCAUUAUUAAAAUAAUAAAAGUAUUUUGCUAGUA